CUCCCGUCCCGGCGACGCACUGUGUAUAGAGGAACGAAAUCGCACGGUCGAGGUACCUCACAGCACUCACGACCGCACACUUUUUUCAUCUCACAUGAGCUGAACUUGCGGGCAGACUUCACUUACACGCAGCCCAGCGGCAGAGAAAAAAACUACCUCAACGCCCAACGCACGCCCGACCUCACCGUCUUCGUUCAUCUUACAGCGACCAAAUCAGUCAAGCUGCAGAAGAGAACCACCCAAGGCCAGCAAAGGAUUUCUUCCGCCAGGUUGAGUGAGAGGAACACCCCUCUCCGUUGAAGAAACACCCCACCACAAGAUACCCAAGUCCAAGUCACAUAGGAUUCUACCAAGCCUGUUCAAGAGGCACGGGAGGAUAAGCAGCAUCAUGGCACCGUCGCAGAAGAAACAAGGACACCAACAGCUGCCCGUCCCACCAGCAACCUUCACCACCCGCAAACACAAGAUCCUGGAACAGCUCAGCGUGCCCGAUGCAGAGUACACCGACGCCUCGCCCAAGGGGUCCGUGGACGUCGGCAUCCGGGAGCUGAUUGACGAGCUCAACGCCCUCGACGGCUUUGUCACGACGAGCAGCUGCGCGGGGCGCGUCAGCGUGUUUCUCGAGGGGCGUAAGGCGGGAGGAGGAGCUGCGGGAACGGACCAGGGGGCAGCAGCAGCAGCAGCGGCAGUCUCGUCAUCUUCUCAAGACGAUGAUAUCCCCGCCCCUGCGGUCCUCGAGACGAUAGCUGGACCCGGAGGAAAGGGAGGCGGGGGCACGUGGCUGUUUGUAUCGCACGAUCCCGUUCCCGGAUCGCACGACAAUGACGAGGAUUUGCUGCGUUUGUUUGGUCUCGUGGACGAAGACGCGGGAAGAGGAGCAGGACAGGAACCCGGGCAGGCUGUCGAAGUAUCGGGUCGCUCUCAGUCUGGGCGACGGAAGCGGCUUAUUCACUUCAAGUUUGAGCCCAUGAUCCUCCACGUCCUUACAGCAUCUUUAUCUCACGCCCAACUCCUCCUCAAAUGCGCCCUCGCAGCAGGUUUCCGCGAAAGCGGCGCCUUGAACCUCCUCCCCUCCGCAUCACAAGGCGAAGACGAAGCCUUGUCGUCAUCGCCCGUGACGCCAAUGGUUGGCGUGAGAACAAUGGGUCUCGCCCUCGAAUCUCUAAUCGGGUACGUGGAUGAAGACGCCGCCGAAGGCAGCGUACGUCGGCACUGCACCGUCACGCCAGACUACCUCCGCGACCUGCUCCACAUCGCCAACGAGCGCUUCGUAGAAAACGCCGCCCGCAUCGCCCGGUUCCGCGCCGCUCUGCAGGAGGCCGUCGCCGGACCCCCGCCUAAGGUGGGCGAGGGUGGCGCCGCGUGGGAGGACGCUAACGCCAGGAGGGAGAGGAAGAGGGCUGAGGGUUUGCGGCGGAAGGAGGAGGUGUUGGCUGCUAGACUGAAGACGGAGCAGCAGCAGCAGCAGCAGCAGGAGACUACGUCAGAGGAACAAGGUCCGAUAGAGCUGCUGAAGGAUAUAUGAGAAAUAAACAAAAAUGAAGACUUCCA